AUGAAAAGCAUUUUCAUCUUCCAGGACGAGUAUGCGAGCGACCGGGAUUACAAGUCGCAGAAAAGUUUGUCUGCUUCCUCAAAGCAAGGGGGGUUUCGAAAGCCACUCACAGACGUUGACAUCAACAAGAUCGAAACGAAUAUAUCGAAUCUGAAACCACUCAGGGAGAUUUCUGACACGGCACUUGGAGGAAAAGCUGGUUUCUUGAAAAAGUCGAAAAAUGGAUCUUGGACCAAGAACAGUUUCGAUCACUGCGACGUAGACGCGAAUGGAAACUCUACAGCAUUGCUUCGUAAUCAGCAUAUUGACAGAUCAGCCAUCAACACUGAACCUCAUUUGGAUCGUCAUGCUCUCGUUAACAGUCUCGGUGAGCUAGUCAACAAAGAUCUUUCAAAGCCAGUAGCGCUAGCGAGUAAAGAUGGCGAUCGAGGAAAAGUACAUCAGAAGCGAACAAAGGAGUACGAAGGAUGCGACAAGGAUCAGGGUAUUCAGGUGCGAAAGCCGAGUUCAGACUUCUUGAAGAAUCUUGAUAAGCAGAAGCUGAAGGAGCCGCUUUCAAAACCGUUGAGUACUGUAGAUCAAACUGCCGAAUCCCUCUUCCAAGGUUCCUACGAUUUGUCUACAUCUUUGAGCCUGCUGGAGAAGAGCAAAAUGGAUUUGAGAAGCAAUCUCGAUGCUCUCCAUGACAACAGUAAGAACAUGAUACUGGAAAACCUGCACGUGGGCGAUCAGUCCAACGAUGUUUCUUUCGCGAUCGAAGAAAACCAUGAUGACAGGCAAGAGCUAGCGAAUCACAACACCGUUGAGGCGGCAACUGGUCAUCAGGUGAAAGAGGAGGCUGUGAUGUCCGAUUAUUACUCGCUUCAAGAUCUUGAUAGCACCUCGGAGACAAUCAGUGUUACGAUCAGCGAAAUGUCCAACAUGACGGUUGACUCGUGCGACAUCUCCAGAUUUGGAUCAAGCCCCUGUUCCGAGGACCUUGAAUUUCUUCCCACAAAUGAGAAUAUGGCGAAGAUGGCCGGGUUAGGCAUCAAGUUCAAGCAUGCCGAAGGCGGAAGUGGUUUCCUUGUAGCGGCUGUAGUCUUCAAUGGCCCAGCACAGAGGGCAGGCAUUAUCCCGGGAGAGAUCCUAAAGUCAGCAACAGACAAGCUGAUCCCUGAGGGCUCGUCUGCCGCCUCCUUGAACAAGCUUGUGACUGGUGCUGGUCUAAAGAUGUACAUCGUAGUCAAGCGAAGGUUCCAGGUGAUCGGGAUUGAAAUCAGCCGCUACUCUGAGAAGACUCCCCUCGGUUUCUCAUUCACCGACAAGGACGGAAAGUCCACGCGGAUCUCUACUGUCAUCCAUGGAAGUCCAGCCUUCAAGGCCGGAGUGUUGGAGGGCGACGAGCUGCUUGCGGUCGACCCGAUGGACGUGUGUGACAUCUCCCGCAACGAGCUUCUGUCCAUCAUCACGGGCCCAGAAGGUUCUUCUGUCCUGCUGGGUUUGCAGACCAGAGCGUUCUCAAGGACGAGGUGGGUUCUCGUGCAAAGAAGAAGCGGAGUGCCGCUGAGCGUCUGUGAGGCUCAAACGAUUGAGCCCAAGCAAGUGACCGGGUCGGGAAAGGACGAGACGCAGCCCAGCCCAGCCAGGUCUGAGGGACCGCAGGGAUACUCAAGAGUUGAGGCCCACCGCGAGGACUGGGUUGGCCAGUGCGUCUCACAACGCGAGGCAGCCGGGCCCGGCACGAACAGCUCAAACGAAUCAAUGCUAGAGGAGCAGCAGGACGAGGCGAUAAUGGGCCAGCAGCAGGCAGCGAAAGGCUUCGAGCUUGCCUCUGAGUCAGCCAAGGAAUGGGAGGAUAGCGUCAAAGCUACUUCCCCGUGCUCGAGCUUGUCUCCAGGAGGAGCAAAGUCAGGCCCGCAUCAGGCUAUAAGGUCAAAGAUCGUCUUCCCCGAGACUCGGUCAGAGUUGCCUGCCGCCCUCCUGGAUCAGCCCCAGCCCGCACCUCCUUGCUCCCCCUGCAUUCACUCCAACAUCACCAAGGUCAAGGAUCCCCUCCCAGCUCGCCGAGCUCCGCCAGAGCCUGCUUUCCACGCUUCCAUGCUGGACCCGAUGAAGAUGGCUGGCGCCCGGACAGUAGGAGCACCCCAGGAGCUGAUCGUCCCUCGUCUCUCAAAACCUCAAAGGCAACAGGGUACCGAGCGCGCCCCGGGGGUCGAGCCGCCGAGGCACAAGGAGCAGGCAGCACUUGCCAAGCUCAGAGUUGCAGAUGCUACACGAGAGGAGGUGAGGGCAGAGUUGGAGCUCGGUGUGCUCGAGGAAAAGUUGGGGAAGCUUCUGGAGACGAGCAAGUGGCAGAUGGAAGAAGAAGAAGAGCGCAAGUUCAGGGAGGGAGAAGAACUCAAGUCCAGGGAAACAGAGAGGAGAAGAAUGAUGACUGCUGGGCUGACGAAGGAGAAGCAAGACCUUGCGAUGAGCCUUCCUUUCCCCUCCUCUCACAGAACCAGCCCGAAAUCACCAAAGGAAUCUCUCCCCCUUACAAGCUCUCUCAGCUCAAAGAAUUCUCCCGAGCAGAACCAUGACCAGGACAAGAGCUCUCUUUCCCAAAAGCUGGCCUCAUCCUUGCUCUGUACAAAUCAAACAUUCCAGUCAGAACUUCUUCGGCAGCAGGACAUGGACAUCAGGUGUAUUGCGGAACAAACAGGAAUCUCCUUUGAAGAAGCUCGGAAGGCCUUCAAAAACAACCAUCAUGAUGUUGUGGAUACAAUAUUUUCUAUCAGGAAAGGCAUGUGCUGA